AUGGAUCCCUCGAAGCCCUCGAACAGCAUGAACAUGCCGCACAUGCCCGCGCCCAGCACGAUGCCGAUGCGACAGGAACAAGUUCAGCAAGAAGUACUCGAACGCGUGUGCCCCGCCAGCAGCACCACCAGCACCGUCGACAUGGCCCCGAUGAGGAAGAUGCCCAGCCGCUUGACCAGGAAGAUGGCGCACACAAUGGCAGCACGGCCACCUCGAGACACCGAGGCCAUGGAGCAGGAGCAGCUAGAGGAGGAAGAGGAGCUCAUGCAGGAGGCGCUGGCCCUGCUGGCCGACUGCCAGGACGACGACUACGAAGCCGACAUCUCGCGGCUGCUGCUGCCCGAGCCCAUCCCGUCGACUACCGAGACGCAGCCCGUGCCGCUGCCGUUGCCCCUGGGCGCGAACCCAACCGUGGGCGCCAGCUUCAGCGAGGAGAUCCCCUCCGUGACGCCCGCGCUGGCCGCCAGCAGCCCCGUGAAGAAGACGCCCACGUCCGCGGCCAAGCAGCAGCGCAAUAAGAUGGCGCCGGCCACCGCGCAUCUACCUCUACUACAUCUGUCAUCUUCUACCACAGUUAGAGACAUGGUGCGGUAG